UCUUUUCCUAGCUCCACUCUUAUUUUGGCCUUUUCCUCUUGAAAACCCCACACUUUUGUAAAGGACUAAAUAGAUAGAGCUAAGAGGGUACCGUGUCACAUAUUUCUUGGACUAUUUAGCAACAAGAAGGGGUGUCACUACUCACUAACAAUAGUUGUGUAGUGCUUCGCUCAUCAUUCCCAAAAAAAAAAAAAAAAGAGCUUCCCAUUUGGUUUUCUUGAAUUUUUAGACAUACAAAAACCAAAUGGAUUAUGGAAUGUUGGGAGCUGAUUCAGAAUGCAGUAGUGGAUGUGAGUCUGGUUGGACUUUAUACUUAGAAAAUUCUUACUUACCUUCUUGUAGUAAAGGCAACAACUUUGUCAAUGGUGAAGAUGAAAAAAGUUUAAAGCAAAAACUAGAAGAGGAGGAUGAAGAAGAAGAUUUGUCAAUGGUUUCUGAUGCAUCUUCAGGACCUCCACAUUUUCAUCAAGAAGAAGAAUAUGGACACAACAUUAUUAAUGGUUGCAAUUAUUAUGCACACAUUAGUAAUCCAAAAAGCAAUUCAAAGAGGCAGAAAGCUAAGGGAAAACAACAACAACAACAACAACUUUCUGUACUGGAUGAUACAGCUAGCUCACCUAUCUUCGAUUUCUCCAAUAACAAUUUUAAUAUCACCAAGAACACAAAGUCAGUGGAAAAUGUAUUGGAUUUUUCACAAGGUUACUCUACAACACACUUUCAGGGGAGAUCUGCAUACCAGGAACACUAUGGUUAUUUCCAGUCAUCUCUGCUGCCUGGAAACAAAUUGCAAGAAAACCAAUGGUUUGAAGAGAAGAGGUGGGGAUAACUACUACCAGUGUUUUUUUUUCUUAAAAUGGUGAUGCUAUGUGCUGCCAAGUGAAUGUUUAGAAAGUGGGAAGGAGUUAAAUUUGUCCAAGCAAAAGGAAUUGGAUCUCGAAAGUGAUUCUUGUUCUUUUACUUUUCCUGUUCUUUUUUCUGUUUUCUUUUAGCUGUUGUCAUUGGGAAACAGCUUUAAGAGAAAAAAUGGGAAUUCAUUUCCUCUAAUUAUCUUGCUGUCAAUGAAUAGUAGCUACGUUUUAGCAUUUUUUAGUUUAUGUUGA